UGACAUGAAGUGUUUUUCUGUGUUUGUGUUGUUAGUCGCAUGAAAGUCUUACAUCUGCAAACUAAAGACUGCACCAUAAUCUGCAGGACGCCUUAAAAAUCCAUCAUGGACGAGGACGGGCUGCCAAUCGUGGGCUCUGGAGUUGAUCUUACCAAGGUUCCCGCUAUUCAGCAGAGAAGAAUCGUUGCUUUUCUCAAUCAGUUUGUUGUCCACACGGUUCGAUUCCUUAACCACUUUUCCACAGUUUGUGAAGAGAAACUUGCAAACAUAUCACUUCGCAUACAGCAGAUUGAAACAACGCUGUGCAUUUUGGAAGCCAAGCUCUCCUCAAUUCCUGGACUGGAGGACGUCACUGUAAACAGAGUCAGUCAGCUGCAAACAUCUCAAACCAAUGGACCCACUGCUAAUGGGAACAAAACAGAUGGUCCACCAUUGGUGACGCUGCCACCGACAGAGAGCGCACUAGAAGCUACAAUGAACCAUGAAGCCGUAGCAGCUUCAGAGAAUGUUAUGACUGUAGCUAAGGACCCACGUUAUGCCCGAUACCUGAAAAUGGUUCAAGUGGGGGUCCCAGUUAUGGCCAUCAGAAAUAAAAUGCUCAUGGAGGGUUUGGAUCCCAACUUGCUUGAGACACCUGGCGCUGCAGUUCCUGAUGGACGAACAGGGAGCACCGGGAAUGAAGACGUUAACAGUUCUGACAGUGAAUCAUCUUUCAGUGACUGAAGUCUCUCAUCUGUCUUCCCUGCAAAGCUUCCUUUAAAAGCUGCCCAUUGCUGUCUGAGCUUCUGCAGAGCUGUACUGGGAAAGAACAAAAGGUUUCACGACAAUUGUUAAAGAGUACCAUAGAAGAGGCGCAUGCAGGUGCAGGCACCAAAAUCUGAAAAAGUCAACACCCAGGGUGGUUCAUGUUCGAAUGUGAAGAAGCUGAAAUGCUUUGCCAAGUUGUGGCCUUACAGUGAUCAUCAGCAUGUUUAAUCUCCUGUUGGAUUUGUAAGGAAUAGUCCUCGGCUCAUACUGAAGUAACCCGAAAUCCACGUAUGAAUUAUGAAUCUCUUUAUUCACGCUACUUUCAGACUGAUACUUCAGUGCUCAUCUGUCUCUUUUUGCAGAUUCUAGAAAAGUGUACAAUCAAUGCCUUGUUAAAAUAUAACAGUGCAAUUCAGUGGCUUAAUGCUUUAAGAAAAAUGUCACAAAUAUAAUUGUCUUUCCAGAUUGAUACA